AUGGAUUCCCAAGGCACAUCCGACGCCCCUUCUCUCGCCUGGCGCGCAGCCGCGUCCACGACCAUGUGGGGAGUGGGCGGCCUGUGUCGCGCAUUUCUUUCGUGCCUAACGCAUGCCGAGGUUCAUGGCGGAGAAGCUUUUACCGAGCUCCUCGAUUCGCGACAGCAGCUGUCGGGUCGGUCAAAAGGAUUGAUUACAGUAUCGAAUCAUACCAGUGUGUACGUACAACCGGGAACGGAUACCGACGAGGCUUGGGGUGAACGAUGGCUAACAUUGGGUGCGAAAAUUGUGCAGCAUGGACGAUCCGCUGGUCUGGGGGCUUCUGCCUUUUCGAUUCUGGAAUCGGCGGUGGUCAUUCGGCCACUAGCCUUUUUCUUCACCAUGGGACAGGUCCUGCCUACGCAUCGUCUUGGACACUCGCAAUUCGGCGGUCUAGCACAGCCUGCUGUCACACAAGCGAUCAGAUUAUUGUCCAAGGGCCCUUUCCCUGUCGACCACCACCGCGCGACCCCAGAACGCCAGCAUUGGAGCCUCCACAACGUGUGUGUCGACCCUUUCUCCGAUCUCCCGGUAGCCUACACAACCAACGGCGAAGACGCACACCAAGCACCCUCGGCCUUCGCGUGCAAUACUUACUCGUGGGUGCACAUCUUCCCCGAGGGCAAGAUCCAUCAGGCCCCGCGGAAAACAAUGCGCUACUUCAAGUGGGGAAUCGCGCGGCUCAUUCUUGAGGCCAGCGAGUGUCCGGACGUGGUGCCUAUGUGGAUCGAGGGGUUCGACGAAAUCAUGCAUGAGAGUCGGGAGUUCCCGCGGUUCCUACCGCGGCCUGGGAAAAAUAUUAGUGUUACGUUCGGCUCCAAGGUCGACUCGGAGGCUGUCUUUGGGGAUAUGAGGUCGCGAUGGCAGAAGCUCAAGGCCAAGGCUGAGGCGGCCGAUCCCCAAUCGCGAGGUCUUCCGCUCGGUGUCUUGAGCGAGGAGCUGCUGAACAACCGAGAAGCCGUGGAGCUCCGCAAAGAAGUCACGAUGAAAGUGCGAAACCUUGUGCUGGAGGUCCGGCGAUCGCGCGGUCUGCCGGACGAGGACCCCAAGGAAGGACUAGUCGAGACCUGGCUUGAGGAGGGACCCAAGCGUGAGGGCCACAUGAAGGACGAUUCCUGGGUUCGAGAUAUCUGA